AUGGCUCCUGGAAGCAUCACCAGCAACAGCUCACCCUCCUUGACUUCCACAGCAGGAUCAUCCAGGUCUCCUGAAUCUGAAAAGCCAGACCCAAGCCACAGCAGCUUCCCAGUGGGAUGCCACCACCACCCCAUGCUGCACAUGGUGCUGGAGGCACUGCAGGCAGGGGAGCAGUGCCAGGGCACAUAGGUGGUAGCCAUCAAGCUCUACAUUCUGCAAAAGUACCCAGCAGUGGAUGUCCUUUGCUUCAAGUACCUGCUGAAGCAGGUGCUGGCCACUGGCAUGCUCCAUGGCCUCCUUGCCAGGCCUCUCAAUUUCAAAGCCAGGGGGGCCACUAGCAACUUCAAAUUAGUUACCAAGCACAAGAGGAAAAUUAAGCCCAGGAAGAUGGCCCCCCAGAAGGCCCCCAGGAGAGCAGGCGAGACCAAGGGGAAGGUCCCAAAGAAACCAGAUGAGGCCAAGGAGGAGCCUCCCAAGGCAGGAAAGGUGAAAAAGGCAGCCAAGAGGCCAGGGGAGGUGCAGAAGUAUUCUCUCAAGCCAGGCACAGUCACAGAAAAAGCUUACGAGCAAGGCAGCAAGUCCAAGGACAUCAAGGCACAGCCAGGUGAGGCUCAGAAGGUGCCCACCAAGCCAGACAAGGCCAUGGGGGCCCCUUAUAGUGCCAGUGGGUUCAGCAGGAAGGCAGAGGCCAAAGGCAGCAGGAGGAGCCAAAGAGAUGCUGAGGCCUGCAGGAAAAGCAAACCUGGGAGUAAGAGUUCAAGACCCACGGUCAGUAAGGUCAAGAAUGGUGCUGCUUCCACAACCAAAAAGAAGUUGGCAGCCAAGGCCAAGGCCCAGGGCCCUAGAGGGGCAGCUGGCCCUGGGGCUGGGCAGGGGCCAAAUGCCAAGGGUGCUUCUGCUAAGGCCGGUGGGUCCAAGGUGGUGCCUACACACCUGUCCCAGAAGACAGAGGCCCCUAAGGGCUUGAGACAGGCUGGGCUGCUCAUCAACAUCAAGUCCUCAUCAUCCAAAGUGCCCAGCCAGAGGGCUAAAGCUUAG